UACAGAAUGAAACUCUUCAUCGCUCUUGCUACCCUGGUGGUGCUGGCCGUGGGCCAGACCACCUACACGCCGGAGAACGACGACCUGGACAUCGAUGCGCUGGUCAGCAAUCCGGAGUCGCUGAAGGCCUGGUUCAAUUGUUUCGUGGACAAGGGCCCGUGUGACAAGGUCCAGACCAGCUUUAAAGUUGAUCUGCCCGAAGCGGUACAGCAAACGUGUGCUAAAUGCACGGCUGCACAGAAGGUGAUCCUGAAGAAAUUCCUCGCUGGUCUAAAGGAAAAGGCCCCUGCCGACUACGAAGUGCUCAGGCAGAAGUUCGACCCAGAAAACAAGUAUUUUGGACCGUUGGAUAAGGCUAUUGCAUAAAUGCUGGCACUCGAUAUGUCCCAAUAAUAUAACAGGCGUAAUAAACGCAUAUAAUUUUUAA